AUGAAAUUGAUAAAUCUUAGUCUCUGGAAAAGCACAAGACGCAAACCUAUUUUUUUUCAUCGCGUGAACAAAGAUUUUGUCAAACUGGCGACUCCACAUUCUCCCUCACCUUCGACUUCCAUUCCGAAGCCACCAAUAACUCCUGUUCGAAAACGUACACCACGCACACGUUUAACCCCAUCAACACGUUCGCGUUUGGUUACCCCUACACCACGUACAAACAACUCAACCAAGUCCUCCGCUGAUUCACCAAUUUCCCCACUUCAUAUUGGCUCUUUACUUCAACUGCUUAAGUCGUGCAAGAGGAGAAGUCCCAAGUCUAUCCUCAAAAAGGAAGUUUUAAAAUUAGACGUUAUCGGCAACGACUGGGUUGGUACCACCCCUCCGAAAAGAAAAAGAACAAAAUCACUGUGCGAUCGAUUUAUCCCAGCUCGCGAAAUGGGAGAACCAUCUCAUCAGUUCAACGUCGCUCACCGUGAACACGGAAAGGAGUCAUACAUGGGCAGCGCAGAAUUGGAGUAUCAGGAAAAGUUAGCGGAGGCAUGCGGCAUUGCACUUAACAAGCGUAUUCUGUCAUUCAAGGUCGAACCUCCAUCAAGCCAAAAAGAAGAUCUACGCAAAAUCUAUAAGACUCCAUUGAAGACGACAUCAAUCAACAUGAGAAGACGUAUUAUGACCGUCCCAGAACGUAUUCUCGAUGCGCCCGGAAUGAUUGACGAUUACUAUUUGAAUUUACUAGAUUGGAGCAUUAAGAACAUGGUGGCAAUCGGACUUUAUCAAAAUGUUUACGUGUGGAACGCCGAUACCGGUGAUGUCAAGUCAUUCGCGCAGACCAGCAAUAACGAUUAUAUUUCAAGUUUGUCCUGGUCUAUGGACGGAGAGUAUUUGGCGGUAGGGACGAGCGACGGUGACACUCAAAUUUGGGAUGCGCUUAGAGAACAAAAGAUUCGUUCGAUGUUAGGACACGUUUCCCGGGUUGGUGUGGUCACAUGGAACAAACACAUCGUUUCUUCAGGAUGCAAGGAUGGCAGUAUUUGGAAUCAUGAUACUAGGAUCGCGCAGCACCGAGUGUCCGAAUUACUUGACCACUCUAGCGAGGUUUGCGGUUUAAAGUGGCGUCACGACGGAGAACAACUGGCAAGCGGUGGCAACGAUAAUCGAGUGAACAUAUGGGAUGCCAGAUCCAGCGUUCCGCAAUUCACAAAAACAAAUCACACUGCUGCGGUCAAG